UAGUGAGGGAGAUAUGGAGAUUUAAAUAUUCAUCGGGCCUAAGAAAAAUCGUAUUCCCCUGGCCUCGGGCGUUUUCCUUUGGGGAAUAUGAUUUUUCUUGGGUGAAUACAUAUCUCCCUUACUACUUUGCAAUAAAUGUAUAAUAUAUUAUAUUCAUAAUUGAGUACCUAUACUACAUAUUUAUUGUACAUGUAGGUAUGUUGAAAUCCUGUGUUCACAGGAACAAUCCGCCGAACAAGUGUGAUACGAAUAUCCAAAGUACGACCUGUUGUAUAUUGUUCACACCGGAAAUUAUGACGUAGAAAUAGGCGACGCAUCUGCCCUUUUAUUAUCCAAAAUGAUGCAGUUUAUGUUAUUGUUUAGUCGUCAGGGGAAACUGCGACUACAGAAAUGGUAUGUUGCCCACCCAGAUAAACUGAAAAAGAAGAUAACUCGCGAGUUAGUAGCACUGGUGUUGUCACGCAAACCCAAAAUGUGUAGCUUUUUGGAGUGGAAAGAUCUCAAAAUUGUGUACAAGAGGUAUGCUAGUCUGUACUUUUGCUGUGCAAUAGAGGCUGAAGAUAAUGAAUUACUUACUCUAGAAAUCAUCCACAGAUACGUGGAGUUGUUGGAUAAAUAUUUUGGAAGUGUGUGUGAGUUGGAUAUCAUUUUUAACUUUGAGAAAGCCUACUUUAUGUUGGAUGAGCUUCUGUUGGGUGGGGAGGUCCAGGAGACGAGUAAGAAGAAUGUACUGAAAGCCAUCGCCGCACAGGAUCUCCUGCAGGAGGACGAGGAUUUUGAAACGGCCCUGAAAGAGCAUGGUCUCUACUAACGACAGGAAAACGGUAGAAGUUUACCUCACUUUUUCCUGCAGUCUUUGCAUGAUAGUGCUGUGCGUCAUCCUGUUCUAUAGUGCAGUACCGUGUGCUGUCGUGUUCAGACAAACUGUCUGUGAACAGUGUGUGUGUUCACUGCAUUGGUCAUGUCGUGCUCUGUGUAAAAGUCACACAAAAACCGAGAAACAAGUGUUCAACCAGUGCUAGAGAGCACGAACUGAGCCUGGUCACUGUAAGGUUUCCGUUGUUGUGUCGUAACACUAAAGUAAUUCUAUGCUCUCUGACAGAAUGUCAGCAUGUAUCCUUCUUGCAAUAUCUUUUGGCAUCGAUCCCAAAAUCAAUUUGCCAGAUUUCAUUCAUCCAUUGAAUAUAUAUUUAUUUUAAAAAUCAGGCUUUUAUCAUCUGGAAAGUUUUCUAACGAGUCCUAGCUGUCUUGUCUUUAAGUCUGUACUUGAUAUGCUCUUUAUUUCCCGUACUAACCCACAUGCUUGAUCUAUUUUCUUUUAUUUGUAUAUUGUCAAUGUGUCUGUCGUGUCUCGAACUUCAUUACAGUAAAACACGGGUUAUAGUGAAGUGCCAGGAACAACCUGCUUUAUACUGGACAUAAUUCGUUAAAUUCAUGCAGUCAUUGAUUCAUUAUUUUCAUCUAUGUGGGGAAUAAAAAUCACUUGGCUCUAACCAGUGAUUCACUGUAAGUGUCUUCAUUAUAACCAUGUCGUACUGUACUGCAAGUAAUCAACAUGUUAUCUUUCUUCUGAUACAAUGUCUAGAAAAAGUCUUCUGACAUUACCCCCAUGUGCAAAACUUAAAACGAUUUUUUAUGUUCCCCAGAUCUUGGGCAUAUCGUUUUUGGUCUACCUUUUUGCAACUUUAAACUUGGUCUGAACUUUGAUCUAUACCGUAGACAGAGUAGUGACUCUGAUCUCGAUGAGGGUGAAGGUUAAAGGUGAAUAUAUAAAGGUCAGGUUGCCAGACUUAACCAUGGUUUGGAGGUUAUGUCUCAUUAACAAUAUUAUUACAUGACUAAGUGAACAGAAAGUGAAAAUAAAUGAAUAGAGGGAUUAAGACAGAAAAACGAUAAAUUGUCAGAAAUAAUAUGCUAUAAUCUAAGGACUGAUGCUUUUGUUGUAGAUCUUAACUUGGCAUCAGUAUACUCGAUGAGACGAGUAACUCGAGAUUAACACGAUAUGUGUAUAGACAAACUCGGCAUCAGUGUACUCGAUGAGACGAGUAACUUGAGAUUAACACGAUAUGUGUAUAGACAAACUCGGCAUCAGUGUACUCACUGAGACGAGUAACUCGAGAUUAACACGCUAUGUGUAUAGACAAACUCAGCGUCAGUAUACUCGAUGAGACGAGUAACUCGAGAUUAACACGAUAUGUGUAUAGACAAACUCGGCAUCAGUAAACUCAAUGAGACAAGUAACUCGAGAUUAACACGCUAUGUGUAUAGACAAACUCGGCAUCAGUGUACUCAAUGCAUAGGCAAGUUUUGAAAUCAUGCUCUUUCAAAUGACAAUUAGAUUUUCAAAAAAUUUGAUAAGAAUAUUGGCAAAUGAAAUGUUAACUUUUUUUUUUUUGGAAACACCCUGUACAUACUUUUCACAGCUUUAUUUUUAGUACAGUUUAAAUUUUGCUAUUUUAACUGAAGACCCAGACUGUGAAAUUAAAACUACUGUGAAUAUAACAUAGUCGUAACAUUUACAUUGAUGGACAUAAAAUGGUGUAUAUAAAAUGUGUAAACUGUAAAAUUAACUAGGAAUUUAAUGUGCUAUAUGAUAGCUGCUUAUCACAUCAAGAUAAUACUUAUUUGUGUAUUACAUAGCCACAUAUCGUGUUGUAUAAUGGAUCAUUAUAUUUUAAUAGUACAAUAUAUCUGCCCCAAUAACAUAGUUAUCCAUGCAUACCCUUGAGUUAAGAAUACCAGGUAUAUUACAAUGGUAACAGAUUUACGAUCGAGCUAUUAGAAAAAAGUAAACGCGAUACACGUCCUAACUGAGUAUUAACACAUAAAUAGUGUAGUCGUGAUAUGAAUUUGUUACAUUAAUUUUACACUUGUUAAUUCAUUCACAGAUUGAAAUUAACAUACUUCAUCAUAUCCUAAGUGUUUCUCAGUACUGAAGCAAGCCGUGAUUACAUCCUGGUAUUUCUAAUUACAUCCUGGUAUCCCUAGUUUGUGAUGUGGAACACAUGUCAGUAUUCAAUAUACAAUGUAGAUAAUUUAUCAUAUGAUAUUUUAUCAUAUGCCAUCAUGUAAUGUGAUGACAAUAUUAUUUAUUAUAUGAUUGAAUAAUUCGUAGCUCUCUAAUUGGCUGAGAUCCAACAAUGUAGAAAUCAUACUACAUUAUGUUUACCUGCACGUGACCUUCCAGGUGAAUAUAAGGAAUUAUUUUUUCCACAUAGGACCAAAAAUAGGUCGGGAACUUCCAAUUUGACACGAUUGAUUAUACUUAUUUUUGCUGUCCAAUGAAAUUCCGCGUUCUCACUGGGUUUGACUAAGAUUUCAGUAGACAUAUUAAACACUAGAAAAAUGGCGAGGUUUGUUUUUUAAUCAUUUAAUGAAACAAUUAUUGCUGUUUUUGAGGUCAAUACGAUGAUUUAGCCACCUUCGAAGUACAAUAUUCACCGAGCCCUUCGAGGUCGGUGAAUAUUGUACUCCUCAGGUGUCUAAAUCAUCGUAUUGACCUCAAAAACAGCAAUAAUUGUAUAAAAUCUUAUGUAUGUCUUAAUUUUGCCAAUGUUACGAAAUAAUGUUAUUAUAGUAUUGUAAAUUUUAGUCCGCCCUUUGCCAUUAUAAUGUGAUCUGGGAUUAUAAAUCUGAUGUCCGUUGUCUGCCUUUUGCCAACAUAACAUAAUGUGAUUACAGUAUGAUAAAUCUGAUAUCCGCCUUUUGCCAUCAUAAUGUAAUGUUAUUAUAGAUCUGAUGUCUGUUGUCUGCCUUUUGCCAACAUAACAUAAUGUGAUUACAGUAUGAUAAAUCUGAUAUCCGCCUUUUCCCAUCAUAAUGUAAUGUUAUUAUAGAUCUGAUGUCCGCCUUUUGCCAUCAUAACAUAAUGUGAUUACAGUAUGAUAAAUCUGAUGUCUGCCUUUUGUCCUCAGGAAGAGACUCCUCAGGGAUUCUUUGAGGACCAUGGUCUCGGUUGAUUGGGCAGCUGCAUGAGCAUGACAUGGUAGACAGUGGAGAUGGAGAUAUUAACGGUCACGGACAAUUUACUAACAAAUCACCUGCUUGUGGUUUACCUGUAUUUAUCAUUAUGAACCUUACCUUUACCUGUGUCUGAACAUCAGCGUUGCUAGCUUUAUAUGUUACAGUGGAUUUAUAAUAGAACUGGAUUUAUAAACUUGAAUUAUAUUUGAUGCGUCAAACUGGAGUCAUAGAUCUAGAUGAUAACGUUUAUUGAGAUUUAUAACGAAAUUGCUGGGUUAGUACCAUAAAAUAGAAUGUGAAUAUUAAAUGUCAUAAUCAUGGGUAAAAAUUGAAGUGCUAGUUUAAUUGUUUUUGUUUUUUUCAUGGAGUGAUAAACUAUGUACUGAGUAUACUGUUUGUGUGCUUAUUUUAGUGAAUUUCAGAUUUAGCACAAUAGGAGCGCUAUUUGACGUUAUCAUGAUUUAGUAUUCCUGUCACGGAGGAUAACGAAUUAAUGGAGAAUUUCACAUUUAGCAUGUUUAUAUCAAAUGUAAAUCGGCACUCCUUCUCUAGCACCAACUGCACUGAAAACAUGAAAUGCACUGACAACAUGAAAUGCACUGACAACAUGAAUUCUCUUGAAAUAAGUACACAGACAGUGCACUGAAAUUCGAGAUUUUGAUGUAAAAUAUUGAUGUAUAAUUAUACUAUAGGAGAAAUAAUUGUUGUUUCUUGUAAUUGUUUUUUUAUUCAGAGAGUGGUGAGAAUUGUUUGGGUAAAGCUUGAUGUAUUGAACUUAGUACAUCUAGUGUAUACAAGUACUGUAAAUUUCGAAUGCCUGUAUACGUGUUCUGAUUGUGUUAUUUAUAGUUUGACACGUUUAUAAUUAUCACUAAAAUAUGGAAUUUAUUUACACGAUGAAACAUUGAUAGCAGUAUUUGAUGACUGCUAGCUUUUAAAUUGACCUGCAGUAUUGUGCAAAAUGUACCAUUACGCUUCAUUUCACUACAAUAAAUAUACCAACAUUUUGUCGUUAAAAGCAGUGAAAAAAUUUAGUAUGAAGUACUAAUACUGGUGUAUUUGGGUCAUCUACAGAGGAAGAUUGAGAAAGGAAUCACAAAGCUUGUGUCAAACGUAAUGUCAAAAUAGCAUAUUGUCCUAGUGUGUGUCGUUACUGUGAAUUUUAUUUUCACAGAAAAUUUGGUAAUUAAUUUGAUGAUUGAUGGUGUACUUGCAUUAGAUAGGCAUUUAAUGAGAAUAAAUUGUGAGAAUAAG